GAUGAUGGAAUGGGAACAAAGAUCUUGGCUUUUUCCCCCUUAGCAAUCAAAUAAAAUCCAAUUGAAAGUGGAAAGAGAGAGAAAGUUAAGAUUGGUAGUUGUAUUAAUGUGGUAGAGAAUCUAGGGUCAAGAUCAUAGCAUGAAGCACACAUAAGCUUGUUUCUGUGCCUUCACAGUAGUUUUUCCUCUCAUGCAUUCACUUUAGUAGAAAAAGCUAAAGACAAUUACAUGCCACCUCUCAUUCUCUUUCACCACGUUUCUCUCUCUCACGCACACACAUGGUUGGUAAUGAUAAAUAUAAAACGAGUUUUCUAGUAGAAAAGAGUUGAGGGAUAAAAAGAUAGUUUAUCUGAACACUACUGAGAUGGAGCUUGUGAAUAAUAGCCAAAAGCUAAAACAGCAGCACCAACAGCAUUUUCAUGUUUUGGUGGUAGAUGAUAGUGUCAUAGACAGGAAGCUUUUGGAGAGGCUCCUAAGAGAUUCUUCAUGCAAAGCUACCUUCGUGGAUUCUGGAGACAAGGCUUUGAAAUAUCUUGGCCUGCUUGGUGAUAAUGCUUCCUCAACUUCUAAUUCAGAGUCAUUGCAACAGAACGGAAUCAAAGUGAAUUUGAUCAUGACAGACUACUGCAUGCCAGGAAUGAGUGGCUAUGAUUUACUAAAACGAAUCAAGCUGCAGGGAUCUUCUUGGAAAGAUGUACCUGUCGUCAUAAUGUCAUCAGAAAACGUACCAUCGAGAAUCACCAUGUGCUUGGAAGGAGGGGCAGAGGAGUUUCUAUUGAAGCCUCUUCAGCAAUCAGAUUUGAAAAAGCUUCAGCCAUGCUUUCUGAAAUCCUUUGAACAACAAUCUGCUGACAGAUCCGUAGCUUCUCACAAUGACAAUGAUAACGAACGAACGGCAUUGUCUCCGGAACAUGGUUUUAAAUUGCAGUUUGUAUCUACAAUUGCAACUACAAUAUUACGAUUUUGGAACUCUCUAUAAUUGCAACACAAUUAUAUUUGUAAUUGCAUCAAGUACAUCUUCCAGAAAUACACAGUUACUAUAACCACACAAUUUAAAAUUGUGCUCCUCA